AUGUCUGGGGCGCAAUAUGGGCUGUCACCACUCGAGUCGGCCGCUCGCCAGGGCGUGCUCGACGCUGCCAUCUUUCCGUCAUGGGAAGACGAUGGCGCUGAGGUCGACUCGCCAGAGGAAAUGCAAAAGAAGGACCCUUUGGGCGCUCAGAUGUGGAGACUGUACAGCCGGACAAAGUCUAAUCUGCCGAAUCGAGAGCGCAUGGAGAACCUGUCAUGGCGGAUGAUGUCCAUGAACCUGCGACGUGAGGCCGCUGAGCGAAAAGCAGCCGCCAAAGCUACUCCCAGUGGGAUUGCCCAGUUACGGAGCUCCAUUGACCAGGGCGCACAGACACAUGGACCGCCCUCCGAUGCCAUGAACCUCGACGACUUUAUCGAAUCCGAGAAUGUCGGCUCGCCUGCAGGCAUCUCGCCGGACUCUUCUUCUGAUUACAUCACCGCCUCUCACGCUGUCGCUCCAUCCAUUCCUAUCCGCAAACCUAGUCAGACCAACGAUCCCAAUCUACAUGUCUUACGAGCUUCGGCACCGUCGGUUCCGCCAAUUGCCAGUCGAGGCAGAGAAUUUGGCUACGUCCAGCGACAUGUGCGAAAGACGAGUAUUGAUGAGCGACGUAAUCGGAAGCGACCGGCUGAGCGAUCCCCUCAGGUUCCUCCUGUCAACAAUACUUCGAUGCCAGCUGACCAAGACAUGGACUCUGCUCUACAUCACUACAGUCUCGACCACAACUUCCCUGGCUCAGCCUUCUACCCUCAAUCUCAGCAUCCUCAUGUGCCAUUCCACCUCGACACCACAGCCUUCAGCAUCGACAACCACGACCCUAUACUCAACUCUGCCGGGCCUCUUCAACAGAAUUUCCCAUUUUCGCCUGUCGGUUCGCCGAUGAUGCCACAAGGCCCCUACUCAUCCGUAUACCCACCCAAUUCCGUGCCCUCUUCACUCACCUCGACCGAUUUCUACUCACCUCCUGGAUCUGCGUAUCCAUCUACUGUAUCGACGCCGCAGCCUGUUCCCGAGGGAGAGCAAAUGUUCUUCAACCGUGAUGGUGUAGACGUCAGAAACACGCAUUCGAGACAGACUUACGGCUUGCAGCGCCCGUCAGGACUGUCCACCUCGGUGCAGCAAUCGUAUAUGUUCAAUCCUAAUAGUGAUUCGCUCUUCGGUGCAGUGACUGCCGCCAGUCUUCCGCAGUUUCAAGCGACAUCAUUUGCACAGCAACAACCAGGCCAUGUCAAUCCCUCGCAAGUGCUGCAUGGAUUUCCAGGCCGUGCUCAAGGCAUGUCCAUGUCACGGGAUAACAUGUUCACGUUUGGUGGAGAUUCUGACGGCGAGGACGACGAAGGCGGAGCAUUUCCUGAUCGGACUAUGCCUUCGCAUAAUCAGUUCUCGUCGAUGGACGACGAGAACAAUUUCGACUCGGGGAGCAACUUCCAAUGGGGAACUGACCUUUCCAACCAAUUCAAUCCCACUCCAGCACGAUACCCUGCCGGACCACCACGAAAGACUGUUACCAUUGGUGGCGCUGAAAUGGUUUCUUCGCCACAGGAUUGGAACGGUAGUGGUAGUCUGGGACGUACGCAUGGGUCUGCAGCGUCUGUUAGUGACAUUCGAAAUCGUGGAGGUGACCAGAGACGAGGCAAGAUACCCCGCACUGCCUCCACGCCCAACGCUGCUGGCUUGGUACAACAUCAAGGACUUCAGCAUGUCUCUCAAUCAUCGCCCAAUUCGCCGCCGGAAUCGGGUUUCAAUUCUGCAGCGCCUUCACGGCCUGUCAGCCCAGGGGGCACAAAGGGCGGCGAUAAUGGCGCACCCACGACGUGUACAAAUUGCUUUACACAAACCACGCCACUCUGGAGGCGCAACCCGGAAGGCCAUCCGUUGUGCAACGCCUGUGGUCUAUUCUUGAAGCUGCACGGCGUCGUUCGUCCACUGUCGCUGAAGACGGACGUUAUUAAGAAGCGCAACCGUGGUAGUGGUACCACUGCACCGGUGACAGGCUCUUCCACACGGUCGUCCAAGAAAUCUUCACGGAAAAACUCGAUUGUGCAUACACCUGUCACUACCCCGACGUCCGGCAAGACUGCAGAGUCGGAGUCGCCACAAUCCGCAGGCGGUGCUAAUACGCAAUCUGCCAACACUGCUUCGAGCUCUACUAAUGCUGGUCUGAGUAAGAGCAGCGUCGUCCCAAUUGCUCCCGGUCCACCGAGAGCACAGCCUGCCGUCGCUGCGAGUGCUCCAUCUGCUUCUUCAAGCGUUCGUGGCGUGCCCGUUGCACCAAAGCGAGCUCGCGGGCAAAGCAAAGGCAACACACAGGAGCUUGAGAUGGGCGAUGCAGACGACACCAGCGGCAAGUCAGUGCAGCCUCAGAACUAUCCCAACCGCCCGAUGAGCCACGGCUUGCCUCUACCAGGCAUGCAUCACGAUAGUUUACCCAUGGGUGCCAUGGGGCAAGGCUUGACUGCUGGAGGCAAUGCCGUCGCGGGGCCAGCCGAGUGGGAAUGGUUGACGAUGAGUCUUUAG